GUCAGUUUACACUCCAUGCUCGAGUAAGCUGGUUAGUGAGGGAUGUUGCAUAAAGUCGUUGUGAAUCUCUAGGCGAAUCGGAUUCUUCGGGAUUUGUGGUCAUAACAACGAAGCCUCAAGAUGAAUUUCGACGAGAUUUUACGAAGAACCGGCGAGAUCGGCGUCUUUCAAAUCAUACUUUACAUAUUACUCGGAUUCGUCGGAAUUCCGACCGGAGAACAAAAUCUUUUGAUGGUGUUUUUGGGUCAGGACCAAGAUCAUUGGUGCACCAUCCCAGAAUUAGCCAACAUGACCGCCGAACAACAGAAAUAUAUCGGUGUUCCGUACGAUUCGGAGAAAAAACGCUUUGACCGUUGCCAACGAUACGAUUUGAACUUUUCACAAUACUCGUCUGAGGAAUUAUCAGGAUGGAAUCGGACUCUCAUGAUUGACAAUACGACCGCGGUGAAAUUCUGUAGUGCUUGGACGUUCGAUAAAACGGAUGGUCUUUCUACUGUAAAUGAACAGUUCGGUCUGGUCUGUGAUAGAGAUUGGUUGACCGCGCUGGCCACGACAAUCUACAUGGCCGGGUUUAUGGUCGGCUGCAUGUUCUAUGGUUCCAUAUCAGACAGAUACGGACGUCAUAUCACGUUAAUAAUCACGUUAUUCACGGAGAUCUGUUUUGGGUUGAUCGCGGCGUUCGUCCCCUUUUACUGGCUUUUCGUGAUCUUUAGAUUUCUAGCGGGUACUGCAGCGGCUGGCAGCUUUACAACAGCUUUUGUCAUGGUGAUGGAGAUGAUUGGGCCAAAAUAUCGUGUCAUCCUCGGCGUAUUUGUACAGGGUUGGUUUGCCCUUGGCUUCAUGCUUGUUAGUGGUCUAGGUUAUGCUGUGCGUGAUCAUGUCAUGCUUCAAGUUUGCUGUUCGGUGCCAACGAUACUGCUGUUAUCAUAUUGGUGGUUGGUGCCAGAGUCGCCGCGAUGGCUUAUCUCUGAGGGAGAGAUUGACAAGUCGUACAAAGUCGUCAGCAAAAUGGCCAAAUGGAACAAAACAAAAGCGCCAGAAAAGCAUUUGUUUUACUCAGAACAUAGGCGCCAAUCUUGCAGUAUUGCAAUGUGUAGUAUGGCCAGUCACCUGGGUAAGGAUGUCUCAGCAGGCAUGGCAGGUGCCAGGAGUCCGAACUUCUUCGACCUGCUCAGAACGCCAAAUAUGAGAAAGAGGAGUCUGAAUAUCUUUUUCAAUUGGUUUGUGAAUUCUCUCGUCUACUAUGGCCUAUCUCUCAGUGCGGGAAGUCUGGGGGGAAGCAUCUACUUUAACACAUUCUUGUCCGGAGCCGUAGAAUUGCCUGCAUAUGUUGUCUUGAUUUUCACAAUGGAUCGUUUUGGCCGGCGGAAGAGUAUAAUCGCAAGCAUGCUGAUUGGAGGAAUCGCUUGCCUGGCGUGUUGUCCAAUUCUAGACAAUGAACCGUUGCAGCCGUUGUUGGUAACGUUUGCUAUGAUCGGCAAGUUUGGUAUCUCCGCCUCCUUCUCAAUCAUCUAUGUUUACUCGGCUGAAGUAUUCCCAACGGUCGUCAGAAAUGUUGGAGUUGGGUCCGGAUCGAUGCACGCCAGGAUUGGUGGACUAGUGGCGCCACAGAUUGCUAGAUUGUCAUCAAUCUGGCGGCCUCUCCCCUCGAUCAUAUUCGGUCUUUUCUCAAUCGCGGCCGGCCUCCUUUUCAUCCUGCUACCAGAGACGUACGGACAGGUGCUACCAGAAACUCUGGUGGACGGGGAGAACUUUGGAAUUAAACAAUCCAAGACUCAUGGAAAUGAAGAAGCGGUCGGCUUGAAUAAGAUGAACGGUGACACGGAGGAUCAGGAGGGUGAGAGAGCUUGAACAGGCCCCCGUCUGUCAUGAGGGAUGCUGACAUUGAUUAUGUGACGGAUACGGAGAAACGAUUGUAUAGUCCAUCCCUCCAAGGAGGAGCUGGAAUUUUGGGAAGUAAGCACGCUCAAAUAUGAUACCCUUGCCUCAAAGUACACCAGUCUCCAUUGUGGACCUCUGACCUUACUUGUUGUUGAGAUUGAUAUGGUUGACAGUGAUGCAAUACACAGGUUGAUUGGCUUCGUUGAAGUGUUGGAUCUAUGAUAAGUCCAGCUGUCUUGGAUUGUCAGCAGAAUCAUCGGCUGUGUCUGCUAUCGGAGAAGAUUUAACAGAGACACUUAGAGAGAGGCCGCUUAGAGAGAGGUCGCUCAGAGAGAGGUCGCUCAGAGAGAGGUCGCUCAGAGAGAGGUCGCUCAGAGAGAGGUCGCUUAGAGAGAGGUCGCUUAGAGAGAGGUCGCUUAGAGAGAGGUCGCUUAGAGAGAGGUCGCUUAGAGAGAGGUCGCUUAGAGAGAGGUCGCUUAGAGAGAGGUCGCUUAGAGAGAGGUCGCUUAGAGAGAGGUCGCUUAGAGAGAGAGGCCGCUUAGAGAGAGGCCGCUUAGAGAGAGGCCGCUUAGGGAGAGGCCGCUUGGAGAGAGGUCACUUGGAGAGAGGCUGUUUUGAGAUAACUGCUACCUCGUUAUGCCGACAAGUAUUUUUUGACAUAUUUUUGGAUGCUUUUGAGAUUUUGAAAGCAUUUUGUCAGAAUGGUACAAGUGCAUUUCUGAGUAGUAAUUUUUGUUUUACGGUAUAUGUAUUACUUUUAAUUAGUGGGUUUUAAUUUGUUAAUUAACAAAUAAUAGUUAAUGUCUACUUAUUUUCUUGAUGUAUAUAUACAUUUUUUGCUGAAAUAAUGUGAGGGGAAUAGUAACUGCCGGACUGUAAGGAGUGUAAUGCAACUUCAGUAGUGGUCAUUUUCUGAAUCAUUUAUCUUUACUUACUUACUUAACUGGGAUAUGAUGGUUUAACCCAUCAAAAAUGCAGGAAUUUUUAUCUUUUAUCUAUAAAUUUGUUAAAAGUGUGUACGAUCUAUGUGGUAAAAGUUGAUGAUGUUCUAAACUGUUCCAAGUACACUUGCAUAAUAUAAGUGCAAGUGCUUACGAUCUAUUUAGUAAAAGUUGGUGAUGUUCUGAACUGUUCAAUAACACUUGCAGAACGUAAGUGCUGACGAGACGAAAAUCAUGAUGGCGAGUGACUUCAAAAUAACGACAGCUGUUGUUUAAUUUGUUAUUCUUCACAAAUUCAAGAAUGUAUUACGUAUAUUUGUAAAGAGAUGAUGUAUUUUGCUGCUCGUUUUAUCAAUUACUGUCUGCUCCAAGUUUCAUUUGAAGGAAACUGGGACAUGCAGGAGAUUGGAGACAUAUUUUCAGUGGUAUAUCUAUCGGAAAUUUAUAUUGCUUGCUAAAAAUAUAUUAAAACUUUUUUCUCAGA